AGUUAACUGUAAGGCGUAAGCAAGCCAGCCAGAGGCGUCCCGCAGAGAAAGGAGCGAGACCAGCUCCCGCACAAGGAUGGCCAGUUCCAGUUCCUCAUCCAAAGUGUGGACGUUGUCGUUGGUCCUCGCCUCCGUCGUCGCUUCCCUCUCCGCCGUCUCUGCCACCGACCACAUCGUCGGCGCCAACCGUGGCUGGAACCCCGGCAUUAACUACACUCUCUGGGCCAACAACCACACUUUCUAUGUCGGCGACCUUAUCUCAUUCAGGUACCAGAAAAACCAGUACAAUGUGUUUGAGGUGAACCAAACUGGGUAUGAUAACUGCACAACUGAGGGAGCUAUUGGGAAUUGGACAAAAGGCAAAGACUUCAUACCCUUGACUGAGGCUAAGAGGUAUUACUUCAUUUGUGGCAAUGGCCAAUGCUUCAAUGGCAUGAAAGUCUCUGUACUUGUCCAUCCUCUUCCUUCUCCUCCUGCUUCUGCUGCUGAAUCUGCUAAGCAUUCAUCCCCAUCCUCUGCUGCUCCAUUAUUGCUUUCCAUUAAUGCUUUCUGGUCUCUGCUCAUGUCUUCUGCCUUGGUUUGGUUUGGAUGUGUGGUUGGAUGAUCUAGCAAGUGUGUUUUUUCUUAGGAAUUUUUAUGAUUUAUCAUUCUCAUUUUCUUUUUCAUUCUUCCUCUGAUUCAAUCCAGACAUUGUUGUGUCAUAUGAGACUCCAUGAUUGUGUCAAACCAAUACCAUUCCCAAUUCUGAAGGUUGUUGCCUUUCCAAACUUGAGUGUUGUUGUCUGUUAAUUCACAUCAAAGUAUCGAAAGCUAGACUGAUUAUUGAAUUGUUCAA